CCACACACACACACCCUCUAUCCUUGCAAUUUUCAGUUUUAUACUAUGGACAACGAGGACAACGCCAGCCAGCAGCGCCCACUUGGUGCAAACCUUCGCCGCGCACAGAAGCAGCUGGAGCUGCUCAACGACUCGCCGUUGCCCAGCAGCGGGUCCGAGUACCAGAAGCAGGCCCAGAGUCUUGUGGACCUGUUAACGGUGUGCCUUCAUCAGAUAAAGGACCUCGAUCUAUUCAGCAGCAACGAAACGCCUGACGACUACUCCACCGGCGAACUCAAGCUGAUUCUGACCGAUGCGUAUAUGGGUGAGGCGUUGCAGAAACUGAACAGCAGCGCACAAGUCACCCGGCUUAGCAUCCUGGAAAAGUCGCGCGCGCACUACGACCAAUUCCUGUCGCUGUGCCAAAACCUCGGCAUUCUGCAGCCGGCUGAGCGUAAAAUUCUCGAGCUUGUCAAGGCGCACAAGCCCAUGGCAGCAGACCCGGGCACCAGUCGCAUGCAAAAGAUCGAGCGAUUCAAGACUAUCCGCGCUAUGAAGCAGGAAAUCGCUACACUAGAAUUGCGCCUCUCUGAAAACAGCUCCAAGGACGAUGCCGAGGAUAUGGAUGAAGUCGAGCGCGAGUACGCGGUCAAGCUGGUCCGCCUCAGGAUACAGCAGGUGCUUGAUGACCUGAGCAUGCUCGAGAGCGAGCUGGACAUGGCUAAGCAGAUGGAGCAGCGUCGCACUGACCCCGACCGGCGACAGAACGAAGAAGAGCGCAGCAAGGAGUGGCGGCUCGACCCGCAGUCGUAUCGUGUUAACCCCGCCACUGGCCAGCCCGGCCGCCCAGUGUUCAAUGACAAGGGGCAGCCCAUGCAGCCGUUUGUGCUUACCAACAACCGCCAGCAUAUCAAGGACAGCGUGUUCAGGCCAGGGUGGGCUCUGCCGACUAUGACAGUUGACCAGUACCUGCAGCAAGAGCAGGAGCGCGGCAAUAUCAUCAGCGGUGGUGGCAAGGAGCCAGACGCAAAGCCAGAAAUUGAUGACAACGACUACGAUGCCCAAGACGCCGAGACUAUGAAGCAGCGCGAGUGGGACGAUUUCAAGGACAACAACCCAAAGGGAAUGGGUAACCGCGGGGGCAACCGGGGUUAAGCUGAACAGGAGGCUCUUUACUAGAUGUCGCACUAUUGGAAUUCAUAUUAGAUGUAGAACCGGAAGCUCGGGUGGUCGUCGUAGAUUCCAUUCUGAACCGGCCUCGGCCUGCUCCUCUGGGGACAGCGGUUUGGGCUCGCCAAACUCGGCGUCUCUGCGAGCGUUCUCGCGCCGAAG